AUCUCUCAGACAAUCAUGGGUGACUCGUACAACCUGGUCGAAAAAAUCGAUGCAGAGAUGAAAACAUUUCCCUGGAAUUAUCCAGAUCAGUACGUCCUGUCAGAGUUUAUUCCGAGUCCAUGUAACUUUACGGGGGAAUUCGAAGGUCCUUUGAAAGUUGAAGGUUCAGAUCAACUUGACACAGAACACCAACAUGGAACGAUGUUGUACCCACACGAUCCGCCUGAAACCUUGUUGCUCCCUACGAAAGAAACUGAAGAGUUCUCAGAAUUCGUCGAGCCCCUGACGCCGACGCCUCUCAGCCCCAGGUUUCCUCCUCAUACCCUCAUGAAUUUAUCCCCGCCGCACGUGACGUCACCGAGCACGAAUGAGUUUCUUGGUGACUUCAACUUCAGGAUGAUUCUUGAAACCCAGCCUAAGAAAGUUGCCAACCCGGACUGGAUUUUCUCAGUGAGUCAGAAGAAGCUGUAUAUUAAGUCAAAGACUCCUUGUCCAGUCAGGUUUUUAACCACAGGCCCCCCGCCAUCUGGAGCAUUUAUUCGCGCCAUGCCUGUGUUCAGACAACCCGAGCAUGCGAAAGAUGUGGUGCGCUGCUGUCGAAAUCAUACCGCAGAACACUCUGGCCCAGCGACGGGACAUUUCCUCCGCUGUGACAACCAGGAGGCUGAGUACGAGGAAUGUCCUCAGACCACCAGGCACUCUGUCAGGAUACCACUGCGAGGACCAGCUUCAGCUGACGACGCAGAUGAUCUCGGAGUACAUGAACUGUUCUACUUCAUCUGUAAUAACUCCUGCGGGGGUCUGAAUAGGAGACCUAUUCAAGUCAUCUUUACCCUGGAAGAUCUAACCGGCAGCGUAGUCCUGGGGAGAUGUUACGUCAACGUCAGAGUCUGUGCAUGCCCAGGACGGGACUCAAAGCAAGAAAUAGAGGCGAUUAACCGUCCUGGCAAAAGGAAAAAGCCUAAAGCAAAUGGAAACGAUUUACAGUGUUUUGGCUCGAAGAUGUCCAAGGAAGACAGCACAGUUUACAACCUUAAGAUCUGCGGAUUCAAUAAUUAUCUGAUGAUGAAGAGGAUCGCCAUUGCACUAGAAUUAUUUGCAAACAUGGAAAACAAAUUCACCGCGAUGGAACCACAAGAUUUAGAGAUGCCAGAUCUUACCGAAUACACCCCUGAGGAUCAGGACAAUUCAGAACCGGACUCCACUAUAGUAAAGUCGUCGAUGAACGAGUCGUCUCCUCCACCAAUCAUGAUGAGCCAGGAAUCUUAUCUUCAUCCAACGCACACGGAGAGCUGGUACCCAGUUACACCACAAGAUCAAGACAGCCAAAUGCAAUCCCAGCAGUACCCGCAGCAGUGCUACACGUAUCGCCGUAAAACGAUUUCCGUUGUCACCUUUACUGAAGAAAAAACUGAUAAAAUCAUGAAAAAGGAGACAAAAGCAGACCCCGAUCGAAAGAGAAAACUGGCAUAAACUUUAGAUAUAAAACGAGGGCGACCUAGGAAAAGUGAAGUAUAAUUUUUUUACAAAGAGCGUUUUAAGGAAGACCAAUGCAUAAGCAUAAUCUUUGCUCUGUGUUAGUUUUUAUCAUUCCUAAAAGUUAAUGCAAGUUUUAUUAUUGAAAUAGUGCGCUUAAAAAAACUGCUACGGCAAUAUUUAACCGACAAAAAGGCACCCGACAAUGACAAGAAAUUUUUAACCCUUCAAUUGUUCAUUUGCCCUUCUAAUUGAUUUACACUUCCUUGCAAAAUAGAGAAUUCGGAAAUAGACCAAGACAAAAAUCUCUACUGAUAAUUUUAAGCGUUCUCGUUACUUGUUUGCUGGAUACUGUCUGUUUAUCGUGGAGAGAAUUUUCAUGUAAAUCACUUCUGGGAGGUUACAGGUUUAAAUCAGUUGAAAUAAAAGGUGCAGAAGUAAAGGAAGUUAUUAUAUUUACAGGUUAGUACAAGCUUCAAGCGAUCAUAUCGUAAGCAAACGAUUUCGUUCGUGAAAAAUGUUAUGGGAAACUUAAAAAUCGUAACAAAAAAUAAAAAGAAGCAGUUAUGUAAGACAGAGAGUCAGGGGGAAAUUUUAAAGACUCCUAGUUUGUAUAGUAUGGAGUUGGGCUGCAAUCGAUUGAAUAUUUUUGUAUGAACCAUUUAUUUACAAACUAUCUAAUAAAAUGAGGUGUUUUCCGUUUAAUCUUAA